AUGGUCCUACCAACUCGCGAAGACUACUUCGCACAGCUUGAGCCGGAGACAUGCCCAAUCUGCUACGAGGUCAUGGCAAGCCCGACCAAGACCGCCUGCAACCACUACUUCUGCCACGAAUGUCUCAAGACCUGGCUCGGCUCAGCACAUACCUGCCCUACAUGUCGCAGCGAGUUGUUCAGACUAACUCGGCGAAGAAUCGGGAUCGACGGCGCUUUCUUAGAGCAACUACGACAAGAGAACACAGCACUUCAACACCACUUCCAUACUCUACGCUCACCGCCUCCGAACGCAUCCGCAGGGUGGUUCGCCGACAUGGACAGGAGACUGGACGAUCUUCUCGACUCAAUGGACAGGAGACGCCAAGGCAUGUACGGUACUGUCUCGAACACGCCGCGACUGAAUGUUGAGGAUGGACCACAAGACGACAAUGCUCCGACGACUCCAGCUGCAGCGGACCAGAGCACGCGAGACUUUCCAAGACCACGUUCAGGUGCUCUGGAAAGGGCAGACGCGGUUCUCCGAGCAGCGGAACUAGCACGUCAACGCUGGAAUUUUGCCGAGUCCAGCAUGCCGAGCAGGUCGAGACAGGCUGGGGAGAACGUACCACAACGCGAGAAUGCUCAGAUUUCAGCUACAGCUGACCAGACCGCGCAAGCGUUCUUGAACCACGGACGUAUCGCAUCGAGGGCCGAACGCACUGAUCGUCCUGCGAGAGUCGUUUUGCCUCCUCGAGAACGUGCUCUUCUGCCGAGCGAGCGGCCUUUCUGGCGGCGGGCCCCGGCUCACUCGCGAAUCAUCACAAACCCUUUUGCUGCGGCGGCUCCAGCCACACGCCGCACAGUUUCUCCAGACGUGAUGGGCGAGGGCCUCCAGACGAUGCCUGGACUGCAGUUGGGCGGUCCAGAGUCUCGAAAUCCACGAAGAGCAGAACUCAGAACUUUGCCGAUCCCGCGGCGUGGCAUCUCGCCGCCAGAUUGGCUACGCGAUGGGGAAUGA